AUGCUGUCUACCCUGCUAGACCAGCUGAUGCCGGUACCAUCUGGUGCUGUCUGCUGUUACCGUUGCGGAAACCGCAGAGGGCAGAAUACCAAAAUCAAAACUAGAAUUCAUUGCAAGUACUGUGAUGAAUAUUUUAAAUUCAGAACUUUCAGUUGCCUGAAGACUAUAUGAACAAAAUGGAAAAAAUUGACGAUAUAAGUAAUGUUUCUAUUAUGCCACUUACAGAAUCAGCUUUCGUCAAACCACUGAAAAUGAAAUUUAAGCAGAAUGGGAAAGAUAGAGAGUGGCAUCUACUAAAAAUCCAUGACAGUGUAUGUAUCCUGAUAUAUAAUGUUUCAAGAAAGGUAUUGGUGUUUGUUAAACAGUUUCGACCAGCGGUCUACUACAGCAGCAUACCCCAGGAGGACGUGGGUGACAGCGUCGACACGAGCAGGUUCCCGGGCGAGCGCGGCAUCACGGUCGAGCUGUGCGCGGGGAUAGUGGACAAGGACGUCUCGCUCGAGGAGACGGCGCGUCUGGAGGUGCUGGAGGAGUGUGGCUACAGCGUUCCUGCGUCCAGCUUGGAGCGCAUCAUCACCAUCAGGUCUGGAAUUGGUAUCAGUGGAGACAAGCAAACACUGUUUUAUGCUGAAGUCACUGAUGAUAUGCGCGUGAGUUCCGGUGGUGGCAAUCCUGAAGAAGGAGAAUGCAUUGAUGUGUGUGAAAUGGGACUUCAAGAGACGAGAGAAUACUUGCAACGCAAAGAAGUGCUAAGCCCUGGAGGCUUUUUAUUUGCAGUGAUGUGGUUCUUUCAAAAUAAGGUGGACAAAGUUCAAGCAUAAGCGUUUGGGAGAAUUGUUAUACUGGUUUUAAGUUAUGCAGUUUUCAUUUAAUAAAUUCGUACUCAUUCUGUGGGA